UAUAAGAGCUAGGUGAUGAGGUGAUUUAACAGUUGAAAUGAGUGGUGAAUGGUAUGUGAUACGCAUGCAUGAGAUGGGAGAAUACAUAUUCUACGACAUGGUUUCAAGAGAAAGUGCAAAACAUAAUUGUUCAACAAUAACACGAAGCUUUGAAUGCCAGUUCUGCCAACGCAAGUUCUACUCUUCUCAAGCUCUUGGUGGCCACCAAAACGCACACAAACUCGAGAGAGCAGCUGCAAGGAGAUCAAUCAACAACAACUUUUCACUACCACCUACAACUACAACUACAACUACAACUACAACUUCUUCUCUCAUAACCUACACCCACCCCAACCCUCAAUUACAACAUCAUCUUCCUUUUCAGCCCCAUGCUCACAAUGCUCCACCUCCUCAACUGCUUCAUGCUUCUCAUCACCAUGUCGAUCUUGACCUCACCCUUCGCUUGUGAACCUUCUUUAUAAUAUAUAUGUUUUUUAAUGUUCAUUUCUUCUGUUGUA